AUGAGUGAGAUCCAGCAACAGCUUCCGAUGCCAACGCCAAUUGAGGCUAAUCCGGUGCAUCCUAAUGCUAAAACUACCACACAUGUGAAUAAUGGAACCACGACUACUAAAACGAACAUAACAAGUCCUGUGUGUCGUAAUUGUAAAACACAAACUACGCCGCUUUGGAGAAGAGACGAAACGGGUCAGGUGUUGUGUAAUGCCUGUGGGUUGUUUUUGAAGUUACACGGGCGUCCUAGACCAAUAUCAUUGAAAACUGAUACCAUUAAGUCCAGAAAUAGAAUCAAGCAGGCUAACCCAUCUAAGACAUCAAGUCCAAAUACCCCAGAAUUGAAGUCCAAGGAUGCUAGGAGUGGUUCUGUUGGUAGUGGAAAGAAAUCACCAAAGUUGAAGAAAAAGUCAACUAAUGGUGAAGUCAAGACAGAUUCGGGGGGCUCCACACCUUUAUUACCUCCAACUUCCUCGAGUAUGAGGAUGCAGCACUCUAGUCUGAUCUUUCCACCUCCAAUUAACUCAUUACACCAUUUGCCUAGCCACUUAGCUAAUCAGACACAACCAUUACAUUAUCCUUCUUCUACGCCAACGCACUUUGCUCCAGGUUUACAAAGAAUCACUUCGCCAUUAUUGUUGUCUACUACUUCGUCCCUUUCAAAUGCUAGAUCUUCUUCCAAUUCGUCUUCUAAUUUGAACACUAUGACUCCUGUGAAUAGAGAAAAUAACAACGUUAAUCUUAGCGUUGCGCAGGCUGCUGGUGCAUUAGAAAACAUGUCGAAUGAAUUAGGGCCAAGUGCAACUUUCAAAUAUUCAUCGUCUAAUAAAUCUCAAGGUACAUCGUUGAUGAACAAUGAGGCUUCUUUAACUGGCGAUAACAUUAAAAAGGAGACAAAGAGUUUCUCUACACCAUCAUCUGCUUUGAAUGUUACUUCCAAUACAAUGCCACCUAAAUUGCCCGCAUUAGGGUCAAAUUCGAAUGGUUCAAAUAAAAACGUUUCGUCUCCUUCUUUUGGGCCACAAUUCCAUUUGCAACAAUCCCAAUCACAACCUCAAUCUCAGUCUCAAUCACAAUCACAAUCACAAUCUCCAGCUCAAUCACAAUUAUCGCAGCAGCCUACGCCCUCGUCCUCCACAUCACGACAACAAUCUCCGGUGAUAGCGGCAACCUCCUUACCACCAAUCCAACAACUCUCGUCUCAUAUUAAUAAGACCUCGUUGCCGAACUUCCAAAAUAGUUUCAGUGGCUAUAAUAAUCAGCAUAACCCAGAUCAGAAUCAGAACUUUCAACCACCACCUGGUGGAAACCCUAGUAAUAGUGGCAAUAGUAACAAUAACAAUAAUAACAACAAUAAUAAAAACAAUAAUAAUGGCAGCAAUGACGAAAAUUCUAACUCAAAUUCUAGCGAGGUAACCCUCUUGAAAACUAGAAUUUCAGAGUUGGAGUUAGUUAAUGACUUGUACAGAACUAGAAUAAUGGAGUUGGAAGCGAUGGAGCAAGCUGCAAGAUUAAGAGAAAUAUCUAUGAGAAAACGGUUGGAUGACUAUUAUAAUUUAAAAGAUUAUUCUAUUCCUCCGUUCAAGAGGGAGAACGAAGAUGAACAAACCAACAGUAACAAAAAGACCAAAGUUGAUAAUUGA